AUGCCUGGGCUCAACCAAGUCAUUCCACGGCCUGACUCUAGGGAGCUCCUCCCACCACUGCUCGCCUGUCUGUCGACAGCGAACGCCUCCAAAGAGGUCCCUCCGGGUCUUCUCCCCCUCCUAUCGCCUAUCCUCCGUCAACGUGUACAACUUCUGUCCUCCAACGAGUGGUUGUCGCUGUUGUGCUGGGACCGAGAGGUCGCCUCACGACUACCACAAAUCGUCGAAAAGAUCAACGUUGAACCCCACCCAGCUUCUGGGGAGAUUGAAGUGGAGGAACCAGACCAGAUACUGUACCGACGAUCAGACCCCGAGACGCUACACACGAAGUUGGUGCUGGGCGAGUAUGGAAUUAUACCAACAUACCUCUGGUGCACUGGCGGCGAAGGAGGAAACCGCUGGCUGUUGGCUGAGCUGAGAGGAACGGAAGACGCUGAAGAUGGUACCGAGUGGUUCGAAAACGUUCCCGCUGCAGACGAGGCUGGCUUCAGGCGAAAGUCUAUCUCAGUCAAGAGCAACGGCGUCACAGCCCAGCCAGCGGUAGUUCAACAUGAACCUGCUACAGAGGAAGCAGUAGAAGAAGAGGACGACGGUUCAUAUUGGGCUGCGUAUGAUCAGACACCUGGCCGAACACCACAGCCUAGGCGAUCCCCUGCCCCAAGAACCAGUAGCCGAACACAAAUCGGACCAACACAGUCGGAACUCGAGUACUUUGAGCGCUAUGCCUCCGAGGUGCAGCCAGCUCUCGACGCACAUGAUCCAGACGAAGAGAACCCCGCAGCUGGCAAGUCGACACUCAAUGGCAACGCUCUCAGCUAUACCCGCGAACCACAGACCGAACCUCUCGAAGCCUCGAAUCUGGGGCCAAAUGGCUACGACUCGUCCAUGCCACCAGCAUACACAAAUGGUCUGAUGAACGGUGGCGGUGUUCAUGGCAAUGAUAGCGCGGUGCACCUUGAGUCAAUCGAGCAAGACCGGAGUGCCACUGCGGAAGCGCUCAACCAUCCGCGGCCUGCUUCCUCCGCAUCGACCAACUCGGUCGAGAGACUGGAGCGAAAGGCCGAGAACUACAGUCAAGCAGAGCUCGCAAUCAAACAACACAUCAGCACGGAUAUCAAGAGUCUGUUCCGCUUGGCGAGAGCGUCGGGCAUAGACAGGGAGGAGUUUGAGCGGAUCAUCCACAGGGAGCUGGAGGUAUUGCCUAUGCUCGAGCAAGAGAUGGCAUAA